AUGGUGUUAACUAUGCUCGUCCUUCCCUUCGCCCUCUAUUGCCUUCGACUGGCUAAAAUUAAAAGGGAACAGGACAGUUGGACUCUUAGCUUUACCAAAGCUAAAAUCAGAAUAAACUACUGGGCAAUAAUCGGAGAAAUUCUAGUCGCUGUUCUAUUCGGGUAUCUGCCAAUUCUACUCACUUAUACCUCUACAAUCCUUGGAUUGGGGAAGGAGGAAAUUGGAACUUUUUAUCUAAAUUAUUCGAUCUGUGGUUCUACGGUGGUCGAGGCUCUUCCCCUAAUCUAUUUACUCAAGAAACCGAAAGUGUUCGCCUCGUCCGUAGCUGUAAUACCGCUCUCGUCGUCCGGAAGAUUUUAG